UGUCAGUGCAUUUGUUGUCGUUCUCUUUGAAUUUUGCGAGGCAAAUUAACGGACGCGCUGUGUCAACGACACCUUUUCAUUUGCUAUUCCGAAUGUUGAAAAUAAUUCUUUUGUCUCGUUUCGCCCAAAUUAAUUCACAUUUCCGUUACACAUAUGCAGUUAUUCGAUUUAUCUGCAUCAGUUCAAAGGCAACAGCAGUGAGGUUAUACGAAAGUGUCGUAAAAUAUUGAGAAUUUUUCCUAAAAGCCAAUUCAUUGUUCGUCGGAAUAAUAGAGAAAAAUUGCACAAAAAUGGAAGAUUUUGUGAAAAUUGAAAAGAUCGGAGAAGGCACUUAUGGUGUUGUAUACAAAGGAAAGAACCGACAAACAGGUCAGAUCGUAGCAAUGAAAAAGAUUCGUCUAGAAGCGGACGAUGAAGGUAUCCCUUCAACAGCAAUUCGUGAAAUUUCGUUGCUGAAAGAGCUAAAACAUCCGAACAUUGUGAAAUUAGAAGACGUUUUGAUGGAAGAAAAUCGUCUUUAUCUGAUAUUCGAGUUUCUAUCAAUGGACUUGAAAAAGUACAUGGACACAUUGCCACAGGACAAACUCAUGAAGCCCGAGCUGGUGCGUAGCUACCUGUAUCAAAUCUCGGCGGCUAUGCUGUUCUGCCAUCAGCGCCGUAUUUUGCAUCGAGAUUUAAAACCACAAAAUUUGCUCAUCAAUCGUGAUGGCGUUAUUAAGAUUGCUGAUUUUGGUUUGGGCCGUGCAUUCGGUAUCCCAGUCCGAGUCUACACACAUGAAAUUGUGACCCUCUGGUAUCGAGCCCCCGAAAUUUUGCUCGGUUCACAGCGCUACUCAUGCCAUGUAGACAUUUGGUCAAUUGGCUGUAUAUUCGCGGAAAUGGCUACGCGCAAACCAUUAUUCCAAGGCGAUUCAGAAAUCGAUCAACUGUUCCGCAUGUUCAGAAUUUUGAAGACACCAACCGAAGAUAUUUGGCCCGGUGUGACAUCAUUGCCUGACUACAAGGAAUCAUUCCCAUGCUGGACGCAGAAGCAACUGCGCGAUCAAGUCAAAGUGAUUGAUAGUGCCGGCUAUGAUUUGCUAGACCAAAUGCUCACAUACAAUCCAGUGCAUCGCAUUUCAGCGAAACGAAUUCUCGAGCACAAAUUCUUUGAAGGAUUCGACAAACAACUGGUACCCACAAUGUAAAUCAACUCGACGGCUCACACGAUCAACUACGAUAAAAAAAGAAACACAUGAAAACAUUGGCACGAAAUAUCAAUUUAACGAGAAAAAAAACACUGCAGAAAAUGCAUCGUUCUAUUUAAUUUAGGAAACUUGGUCAAAACAAUUAAAAUCGGUUUUGUUACGUAUAAGUAGUAGGCGAUAAGCAAUGAAUUAAGUGAAAAAGAGAGCAGGAGCUAGAAUCCUUGACUAACAAUUUUCUAUACGGCAUGAAAAAAAGAAGACAUAUUCAUAGUACAUAGAUUGAAAACAGAGAAAUCAUGGGUCCAUCACAACAACACGAAAAUCUCCAGAUAAUAAAAACAAUAACAUUUCUUAUUCUUAUAA